ACCUCCGCCCCAGCCGCGCCGUCGCAUGACCGCCGCCGCCGCGCUCCGCCCGCCGCCGACCGCCGCCCCUCUUCCUCCUCCUCCCCGCGCGCUCCUCGUGGGGGCGGUGGGCCCCGCGCCCCGGUCCUUCCCCUCCUCCUCGCUUUCCUCCUCCCCCAGGGAGGCGUUCGGGUGGGCGUCGCUGCUGCGGAGGCGGAGGGGGCGGAGGAGGAGGGCGGCGGCGGCGGGGGCGCACACGAAGAUGGCGCGGCCGCCGAUCCUGUCCGUCGCGCUGCCGUCCGACACCGGUCGCGUGCUCAGCAUCCAGUCCCACACCGUCCAGGGGUAUGUUGGCAACAAAUCAGCCGUCUUUCCCCUGCAACUCCUUGGCUUUGAUGUGGAUCCAAUAAACUCUGUACAGUUUUCUAAUCAUACAGGAUACCCAACAUUUAGAGGUCAGGUUCUCAAUGGAAAACAGCUCUGGGACCUUAUUGAAGGACUAGAGGAAAACCAGUUACUCCAUUAUACCCAUUUGUUAACAGGUUAUAUAGGCUCAGUUUCCUUUUUAGAUACUGUGCUACAAGUUGUUGACAAAUUACGAUCAGUCAAUCCUGAUCUUGUAUAUGUUUGCGACCCAGUUCUAGGUGAUGAAGGAAAACUAUAUGUUCCACAGGAGCUAAUAUCUGUUUAUCAACAGAAGGUUGUUCCAGUUGCUUCAAUGCUUACACCUAACCAAUUUGAAGUUGAACUACUUACUGGAUUGAGGAUCACCUCUGAACAAGAUGGCUUGACGGCUUGCAAUACCCUCCACAGUGCUGGACCACGGAAGGUGGUUAUAACUAGUGCGUUUAUUGAAGGCAGGCUGCUCCUUAUCGGAAGUCACAAAAAAACAGUGGAACAACCGCCAGAACAAUUUAAGAUUGAGAUACCGAAGAUACCAGCAUAUUUCACGGGAACUGGAGAUUUAACGACUGCUCUUCUACUUGGAUGGAGUAAUAAAUAUCCUGAUAGCCUCGAGACAGCGGCCGAACUGGCAGUAUCCAGUUUGCAGGCACUCCUAAAAAGAACUGUGGAAGACUAUAAAAGGUCUGGCUUUGACCCAUCAACCAGCAGCUUAGAGAUCCGGUUGAUUCAAAGCCAAGACUACAUCCGAAACCCAGCUGUCACAUGCAAGGCUGUGAAGUAUGGCAACUGAAUCAAUAGUGCUCAUGAGAAUCACAGUCAAUAAUGCCAGGUGCCUGAAGAAGUGUUGUUAGAUCAAUUUGGUCUCUGCUCUUUCACAAGUAUACUAGGACAAGCCUGCCCCGACUUUCACGAAUCGUUGGCUUCAGUUUUGGAAUACAGUUCUGUUAUAUUAUAGGCCCAAGACCAUAAAUAAUCAGGUUUCAGGGGGGAGAAAAAGAAUAACGGGGCAGGCUGCUUUUAGUUACAGUUUGUCAAGAUGCUGUGGCCUUGAGACUUAGAUUGUACAAAUGGCAGAUGCAUCCGUUACAUACAAUGAAUAACAGCCUGGUUCUUCCUGCUUCUGUUGUUUUGGCAAUGAGUUGAGGCUUUUUCUGGAGCUUCAUUGAUA